CUCCCAGUUGAUGCCUACUCUUCAUACCGGGAGCCUGAAACGUUCCCAGUGUAUUUUACUAUGAUGUCAUCAGAAGUGGACGGUAGAUGAAGACGAAUGUAAGCGUGUUGAUCUCUCCCGGAGCAGGUUUGACAAGUCUCAAGAUGGAUUCCCUAUACGGCCAGGUAGCCAUUGGAAUAUUGGGAGGAGUGGGCUGUGGACUUUGCCUUGGCUGGCACUUCCGGGCUCGGUUCAGCAACUCUUCCAAAGACAGCAGGGCGGCGAUGGGGAAUGGCAGCAGGGGUGAAACGGCCACCAGCGUCAUGGGAGAAGGAGGAGAGUUCAAAAUGAUCCUGGUGGUCCGAUCCGACUUGAAGAUGGGCAAGGGGAAAGUGGCCGCCCAGUGCUCACACGCCGCUGUGUCGGCCUAUAAGCAGGUCCAGCGCAGGAACCCUGAGCUUCUGAAGCAAUGGGAGUACUGUGGCCAACCCAAGGUUGUGGUUAAAGCUCCAGAUGAGGACAGUCUGAUAGAACUGCUAACCCAUGCCAAAGAGGUAGGGCUGCCUGUCAGUCUGAUCCAAGAUGCAGGGAGGACCCAGAUAGCGCCAGGAUCCCGUACUGUGCUGGGAGUAGGCCCUGGAGCAGCUGAUCUUGUGGACAAAGUCACUGGACACUUGAAGCUCUAUUAGACACGAAAUAGGACUUGAAAUGAGUUGUCUGUAUUAGUUGUAUUUGAAGUAGGAUAAUCAUGGUCCACUUUAAAAUGUAUUUUUUUAAUGGAGAAAUUGUCAUUUGGGAACUGUACAUUCAUUUUCAUUAAAAGGUCCAAACAUCA